AUUGUUUGUUUUUCAGAUUAUGUUCAACGAUGCAACCAACCUUGCCGACUCUUCCACUGCUGUGUCCGGUUAAGCCGUAUGAAUCAAACGAAUUAGCUUUGGGAAGCUUUGUCAUCUCAUGGCUCCGAUUGACCCACAGAGCAGCGGGCUUUUGGCCUUGUUGGCAGCUGAUGCUGGGGGAAAGGCAAUAGAAGAGGCACUUCAGAUCUGCCACAGGAGCCCUCAGCUGGUCACAAAGUUCUUGAAGGGUGUUGCCCGGGAGCAGACCCAGGCAGCUGUCGAGAUCUUGGAUUUCCUGGUGGACCAGGACGUGGAAGUGAACACCUUUUACUUUAACUCCAUAAUUGGGAGCGCAGGUUGGGUGGAGGCAUUGAAUAUCAUGCAGCGAAUGCAAGCAAGUCAUAUAUCAUUCAGCCAAGUUACAUACGGUGCCGCAAUCAAGUCUUGCAGCAAAGCAAAUCAGUGGAUUCCAGCAUUGAGUUUGCUGGCUUCCAUGGAAACAUCAAUGAUGCCAAACGAGAUCGUGUUUAGUUCUGCCAUCAAAUCUUUCGAAGCAGAGGGACUGUGGCAAAAUGCGCUUUACUUGCUUUUGCGUAUGUCUCAGAUGACGCUACAAGCAGAUGUAGUCUGCACAAGUGCAGCUAUGGCAGCAAGCGUGGCAGCUGGCAGAUGGCAGGUAGCAUUGCAACUUUUUCAGGGAAUGUUGGACAAGGUUACCAUUGCUGGUGGUGUUGCUGUUUCGCAUCCGGAUGUCAUCAGCUUCAACACAUUGCUCACAGCAAUGGAGUUGAGUAGCUGGGAGUUGUGCCUUUCCGUUCUUCAAGAAGCAAACCAGCUGCUUGUAACACCCAAUAUGAUUAGUUUCAACAGCGCCAUAGGUGCUUGUGAUAGAGCUGGCAAGUGGGAAUGUGCAAUUGGCCUGAUGGAACAAGCAUCGCGUGCGAGGCUUAGAAAGAAUAUAAUCACGUGCAAUUCCUGUAUAAAUGCUUGUUUGCAGAGCUCCUGCUGGACGAUUUCUCUGCAACUAUUAUACACGGCAGCAUAUUGCAGAUUGAACCCUGACGUUGUCUCUUUUACUUCUGCACUAUCAGUAUGCUCGCGCGCGGGCUUCUGGCAAGUUGCAAUUUGCUUGUUCCAGGACAUGAAGAGGAACACCAUUACACCUAAUGAAGUAGCAUGUGGUGCUUUAAUGGUGGCCUUAAACGCGAAAUGGGAGAUGUCUCUUAACUUUUUGGAUGAAUUAUGGAGAUCCCGCACUCUGAACUCUGCUACUUGCAAUGCUGCAAUCAGCUCACUAAAGUGGGAGUGUGCUCUUCAGCUGUUGCAGAGAAUGAAGUCAGAGAAGCUCGCGGAUGAAAUCACUUGGAACACAGCUAUCAGUGUUUGUGGGCACUCUCAACAGUGGCAGUGGGCAUUGGAACUCCUGGCACACACUGAUGGUCCUGGCCUUGUCAGUUUCAACACUGCCAUUAGUGCCUGCGAAAAAGGCGAUGGAUGGCCGGCUGCGCUUGCCUUGCUCAGCGAAAUGCCAGAGAAAUACAUAUUGCCUGAUAUUGUCAGUCUGAAUGCUGCGAUGACUGCUUGUGCUUCGCGAUGGCAAAUCGUCCUGUGCUUGCUGAACAGCUGUAUUUGGCAGGUGAGAAAGAACAUUGUCAGCUACAACAUUGCUCUAAGCUCUUGCGAGAAGAGCAGUUCUUGGGAAAUGGCCCUUUGCAUCCUUGAGUCUAUUCCCACUCUGGCAUCUCCAAACGAGAUCAGCUAUGCUGCUGCCAUCACAGCUUGUGGCAAAGGCCAACAGUGGCGGUUGGCAUUGGAUAUGUUUGAAUCUAUUGCACCUUUGAAAGAACGUAUCAGCUGUUGUCUUGCACCGUUUGACAACGGUAUAUUUCUGUGCACCCUUUUUCUUGGCCAAAAGGCAACGGUUGCCUAGGCCAAUCCUGAUUGCAUUUGCACCUCGGUUGAUGUGAUUUCCUCCAGCUGUUUGCUGUGCUUUUACCAUCAGCACACAUCACAGGGUAUUGUCUAAACAAAGAAUAGCACUAGACUCAGACUACACUUUCCAAGAAUCGCACUAGUUCCUCAAACGAGUGUGGCACAUCACGAUGCCAGGUUAUAAUGCUGCCAUCAGUGCGUGCGCGAAGAACGAAGGCCACUUCUGGCGUUUGACUUUGGAGUUGCUUCGGAGCAUCUUGAAGG